CAUGAGUUGUCACAGACACCUGGAUGGAAAGAAAGAGAAAGAGAGAGUAGCGGAGUGUAAAACAGUUGAGGAGGGACACAGCUUAUUAAUGAGUAACACACACAUGUUCAUUUCCAAUUUCCUGCUUUAGCUCACAUUUAAAAGAGAGGACAACGAGCAAGAGAGCCGGUGAGCGACUGAAGAAGUUUGUGAUUCGCACCUUUUCGGACUUUUCUAGGCAGAUCCUGAAAAUGACUCGCUCCGUGAGAGAGGUGUUGAAAGAGUACAUGUCGGAGCGGAGGGUUCGCAAAUAUCGCCUGGUGACCAAAGAUGGCCGCUGCAACAUCGAGUUUGGCAACGUGAUGCACCGAAACCGCUUCGCCUAUGUGCUCGACAUAUGGACCACCUUCGUAGAGACCCGAUGGCGUUUCGUCAUCUUGCACUUCGUGGCGUCCUUCACCCUCAGCUGGUUCAUCUUCGGCCUUAUCUGGUACUGGAUCGCCAGAGACAACGGUGAUCUGACUUGGCAGAAUCCAGCCAACAACCACACGCCAUGCGUCUACAGUGUGACCGACCUGACUUACGCUUUCCUCUUCUCGCUGGAGACCCAAACCACCAUCGGUUACGGCAAUCUGUACGUGACCAACGCCUGCACAGGAGCCGUGGCUCUGAUUAUAAUUCAGAGUCUUAUUGGUGCCAUAAUCAACUGCUUCUGGUGCGGUGUGGUUAUGACAAAAAUCGCCCUCCCCAAGAAGAGAGCCAAGACCAUAACAUUCAGCGAAUCCGCAGUUAUCUGCCCUAAAAAAGGCACUCUUUGCCUUCAGAUCCGCGUGGCCAACCUGCGCAAGACCCUGAUGAUCGGCAGCCAGGUUUACGGCAAGCUCUUGAGGACCACGAUCACCCCUGAAGGUGAGACCAUCAUCAUGGACCAGGUCAACAUCGACUUCAUGGUGGACGCCGCCAAGGACAACCUGUUUUUCGUCUGCCCCUUAACUCUCUACCACGUCAUCAACAGAAGCAGCCCGUUCUUCGACAUGGCCGUAGACACUCUGCACCAGCAGGAGUUCGAGCUCGUGGUGUUUUUCGAUGGCACGGCCGAGUCCACCAGCUCGUCCUGCCAGGUCAGGACUUCAUACAUCCCACAGGAGAUCAUGUGGGGAUACGACUUUCUCCCUAUCAUUUCCCGCAGCAAAGAGGGAAAAUACCGGGUGGACUUUUCCAACUUCACCAAAAUGGUGCCCGUACCAACGGCUCAUUGCGCUUACUGCUACCACAAUGAGGCAGGACACCAUCACCACUCCAUAAACGGCAUCGAUAACCAGGGCUUUGAGGUCAUUGAAAUUGAGCCGCCCAGCAGCACCAAAAUGUAAAACUUUUUGCCUGACAUGUACUGUAUUGCACAGAGCAACAUUGCGAGCUCAACAUCUUGCACUAUACAAGAAGCACUG